AAAAGUGUUAGUUCAUUCAAUGAGGUGUCUACAGAUGAGCAUACAGAUGGGUUGGCUGUGGAAGUUGAUGACAGUGAUACUGCUCAAGGCCCUCAAACCACAGACCUUACUGAAGAAUACACGGUUCAAAGUUCCAGCAGCACGGCUCAAAGCACUUCGAGCAAGUCUAUGAUAACUACUCGUGAACCUGACCAAGAACCAUCAGCAAAUAUUCCCGAUCAGCCUGAGACUAACGCCAUGGCUCAAAACACUCAGUACACCACGGCUCAAAACACUCAGUACACCAUGGCUCAAAACACUCAGUACACCACGGCUCAAAACAUUACAAGCACACUUGACACCCUUCAUCUUGACUCUCCAAUCACUCCACCCGAAACUGUGGAAUCCCUUCGUGCAUAUGAAAAAGAGCCAGGCGAAGCACAGAAGUUUUUAGAUCGCAUGGUACAUGGCUUCACGUGGCCCGCUUCGAUGCCCGAUAACAUUAGAGGUCAGGUUUUCUGGGGGUUCACAGAUGAUCUUAACUUUAACGCUCCUGGAGGUGAUAUAGAUCGAGAAAUCGUGGCAAAUUUUCUUUACUUCUAUAACAGUCUUGAGGCGGGAAUGUUUGAUGAACAUCAGAAAGACUGGGUACUGGUGAACGGACAGAAGGUAGUAAAGUAUGGGUCAGAUGAGUAUACGAAUCAGCAAUUAUCAGACCUCCAAGAUGAAAUGCCCGCUGCCAUUUAUCUCCCAGUUGAUCCAUUACUUCGUGAAAAAAUAUUUCAUCCAGUCCCCGCGGCGAGGAAGUGA